AUGGGGGAAGUUGCUACCCUGGAGUGGGUCCGUCACUUCACCGACAUCCCCGUUCCCUACGUUAUCGCGUUCGAUCCAUCCUCCGACAAUGAAAUUGGCUUUGAGUGGCUCCUGAUGCCCUCUAUUGCUGGCACGACAGCGGAUAAAGCGUGGGGCAAGAUGUCCCUGACGGCCAAGGAGGCAUUCGCAAAGCGAGUAGCCGAGUUUCAAGCUCAGCUUCUGGAUGCCUCUGAGACUAAGUCACACUUGCGAGGGAUCGGAACACUGACCUCCCCUUUCGAGAAACCAGGACAACUUGUGUCAUGCCACUGGCUUAGGGGCGACCACUUCGGGUACGACGUUCACCGGGGGCCCUUUCACUCUAUUCGCGAAUGGAUAGAUUCAAGUCUCCGCAUCACCAUGUUGGAAGUGGGCUCUCGCUAUCUUGGCACCCAAGACGAGUUGUUCCUUGGUACGAUCGAGUGCCAGCUACAGACGGCCGAGUCGCUCCUUGACCUUAUCCCAACUGUUUUCCCUGCUACCGACCAACCCGAGCAGACUGCUAUCUACAAGUCCAAUCUUGGCUUGGAGAAUAUCUUGGUCGACGAGGAGGGCACUAUUACUGGAAUACUCGAAUGGGAAUAUACCUCAGCGAUGCCUUGCCACCACGCAACAGAAUUGCCCCUGCUUCUGACGGCGCCAAUUUGGCCCAUUUUUAUCGACAUGGAUCUAGCGGAAGCAAGGGCAGGCCAGAGGCUGUUCUUCGAGGUGAUCCGCGAGAAUCAGGAAAAGGUCAAAGACCGGGUGGAAUAUGAGCAGACCCAACUCAGAAAGAUAUACACAGAGCGCAUGGGGGAGCUGAGACCCACGUGGGACGCCGAAGUGGCUGGCAGCGCCUUGAAAAACGACUUCAUCAACGCUGCUUGUCUAUGUGCUGAUGAAGAGUUCCUGUCACCACUUGGCACAUGGAUCCGUGCGGUCAAAAACGGGGAGAACAUCAAGCUUUAG